GGAGCCGUCACCCCGGGCGGGACUGAGCGCAGGCGACAAAGCGCGGCGGCCCGGCCGAGGGAGGGAGCGAGCGAGCGGGCGAGCCAGAGAGCGGGCGGGAGGCAGCCGCUGGCGCCCGAGGGGCCGAGCGAGAUUGUAAACCAUGGCUGUGUGGAUACAAGCCCAGCAGCUCCAAGGAGAUGCCCUUCAUCAGAUGCAAGCACUGUAUGGUCAGCAUUUCCCCAUCGAGGUGCGGCAUUAUUUAUCCCAGUGGAUUGAAAGCCAAGCUUGGGACUCAAUAGAUCUUGAUAAUCCACAGGAGAACAUUAAGGCCACCCAGCUCCUGGAGGGCCUGGUGCAGGAGCUGCAGAAGAAGGCAGAGCACCAAGUGGGGGAAGAUGGGUUCUUACUGAAGAUCAAGCUGGGGCACUACGCCACGCAGCUCCAGAACACGUAUGACCGCUGCCCCAUGGAGCUGGUCCGCUGCAUCCGCCAUAUUCUGUACAACGAACAGAGGCUGGUCCGAGAAGCCAACAAUGGCACUUCUCCAGCUGGAAGUCUCGCUGAUGCCAUGUCCCAGAAACACCUUCAGAUCAACCAGACCUUUGAGGAGCUGCGACUGGUCACGCAGGACACGGAGAAUGAGUUGAAGAAGCUGCAGCAGACUCAAGAGUACUUCAUCAUCCAGUAUCAAGAGAGCCUGAGGAUCCAGGCUCAGUUUGCCCAGCUGGCCCAGCUGAACCCCCAGGAGCGUCUGAGCCGGGAGACGGCCCUCCAGCAGAAGCAGGUGACCCUGGAGGCCUGGCUGCAGCGCGAGGCCCAGACCCUGCAGCAGUACCGCGUGGAGCUGGCCGAGAAGCACCAGAAGACCCUGCAGCUGCUGCGGAAGCAGCAGACCAUCAUUCUGGAUGACGAGCUGAUCCAGUGGAAGCGGCGGCAGCAGCUGGCGGGGAACGGAGGGCCCCCCGAGGGCAGCCUGGACGUGCUGCAGUCCUGGUGUGAGAAGUUGGCGGAGAUCAUCUGGCAGAACCGGCAGCAGAUCCGCAGAGCUGAGCACCUCUGCCAGCAGCUGCCCAUCCCCGGCCCCGUGGAGGAGAUGCUGGCUGAGGUCAACGCCACCAUCACAGACAUCAUCUCAGCCCUGGUGACCAGCACAUUCAUCAUCGAGAAGCAGCCCCCUCAGGUCCUGAAGACGCAGACCAAGUUCGCGGCCACCGUGCGCCUGCUGGUGGGCGGGAAGCUGAACGUGCACAUGAACCCCCCGCAGGUGAAGGCCACCAUCAUCAGUGAGCAGCAGGCCAAGUCGCUGCUCAAGAACGAGAGCACCCGCAAUGAUUACAGCGGCGAGAUCUUGAACAACUGCUGUGUGAUGGAGUAUCACCAGGCCACCGGCACCCUCAGCGCCCACUUCCGGAACAUGUCGCUGAAACGAAUUAAGAGGUCUGACCGUCGUGGAGCAGAGUCAGUGACAGAAGAAAAAUUUACAAUCUUAUUUGAAUCACAGUUCAGUGUUGGUGGAAAUGAGCUGGUUUUUCAAGUCAAGACCCUGUCCCUCCCAGUGGUGGUGAUUGUUCACGGCAGCCAGGACAACAACGCGACGGCCACCGUCCUCUGGGACAAUGCUUUCGCAGAGCCUGGCAGGGUGCCUUUUGCGGUGCCUGACAAAGUCCUGUGGCCGCAGCUGUGCGAGGCGCUCAACAUGAAAUUCAAGGCCGAGGUGCAGAGCAACCGGGGCCUGACCAAGGAGAACCUCGUGUUCCUGGCACAGAAGCUCUUCAACAGCAGCAGCAGCCACCUGGAGGACUACAGCGGCAUGUCUGUGUCCUGGUCCCAGUUCAACAGGGAGAAUUUACCAGGACGGAAUUACACUUUCUGGCAGUGGUUUGAUGGUGUGAUGGAAGUGUUAAAAAAACAUCUCAAGCCUCAUUGGAACGAUGGGGCUAUUUUGGGUUUCGUGAACAAGCAACAGGCCCAUGACCUACUCAUUAACAAGCCCGACGGGACUUUCCUGCUGAGGUUCAGUGACUCUGAAAUUGGUGGCAUCACCAUUGCUUGGAAGUUUGAUUCUCAGGAAAGAAUGUUUUGGAAUCUGAUGCCUUUUACCACCAGAGACUUCUCUAUCCGGUCCCUGGCAGACCGCUUGGGAGACCUGAAUUACCUUAUCUACGUGUUUCCUGAUCGGCCAAAGGAUGAAGUGUACUCCAAAUAUUACACCCCAGUUCCAUGCGAGCCUGCCACCGCUAAAGCAGUGGACGGAUACGUGAAGCCACAGAUCAAGCAAGUGGUCCCUGAGUUUGUGAGCGCCUCUUCAGACUCUGCCGGGGGCAAUGCCACCUACAUGGACCAGGCCCCCUCCCCAGCCGUGUGCCCCCAGGCUCAUUACAGCAUAUACCCACAGAACCCCGACCCCGUCCUUGACAACGAUGGGGACUUUGAUCUGGACGACACAAUGGAUGUGGCACGUCGUGUGGAGGAGCUCUUGGGCCGACCUAUGGACAGUCAGUGGAUCCCUCACGCGCAGUCGUGACCCCCUGUCGCCAUCUUCCGCUUCUUCGUCCUCGCCAGAGGAGUUAUACUUGUGGAUGUUUUAAUUCCAUGAAUCGCUUCUCUUUGGAAACAAUACUCAUAAUGUGAAGUGUUAA